AAUUCCGCAACUUCUUAAAACUGUAAUCGAGCUCCACCUCUCUCCCUCUUCUUUCUGUUGUUGACGACGAACGAAUUAGGGUUCUUCGUCGAUCUCAAAACUCGUCAGUUUCAAUGGCGAUGCAAGCUGGAUUAGGUGUAUCUCGACUUCUCUUGUUAGUCGGAGCGGGUUAUACUGGCACUGUUCUCGUCAAAAACGGAAAAUUAUCUGACAUCAUUGGCGAGCUCCAGGGUCUGGUGAAGGGUUUGGAGAAUUCAGAUGACUCUGCAAAUGCUGAUUCUGAAAUUGCUAAACAGGUACGCAAGUUGGCACAAGAGGUUCGGAAUAUAGCCUCAUCGAGGCAAAUCACUGUGGUGAAUGGUGGAUCUGGCGGGACUGAUUUCUCAUCUCUUAUUCUUCCGGCUGCAAGCUUGGGUGCCUUGGCCUAUGGGUAUAUGUGGUGGAAGGGUCUUUCUUUCUCUGAUCUUAUGUAUGUCACCAAGCGUAAUAUGGCAACGGCAGUCGCAAACUUGACAGCAAAUCUGGAUAAUAUUACCGACAGGCUUUCUAAAGUAAAGUUACACUUGACUCAAAGGAUUGAGAACCUGGAUGGGAAAGUUGAUGAGCAGAGAGAGAUGUCAAAACAAAUUAAGGACGAGGUCUGUAAAACUCGUAGCGAAAUCGACAAUGUUAACAGCCAGUUAUACGCCUUAAAAGACACAGUAAACAGUUUGGGGAAGGACAUGGAAUCAUUUGAAGCGAAACAGAUGCUUACACUUAGUGGUGUGAAAUACUUGUGUGAUUAUGUUGAUGGGAGGACUUCAAAGGCGCCUAAGAUUUCUCAACACCUUCAGGAACAAGUCAAACAUGGCAAAAUUCGUGCUCAGCUCUCAUCUUCAAAUGCUCUUGGCCUCCAGGGCCUCAAAGACAUCGCAGAAUCAGUAAAUGUGACCAGGUCCAUCAAAGAGAUUGAGUGACCCGCCAAAAAACUCGAAGGUCUCUGCAUCAGUCAAGGUUUCAAAGUUCUGGAAUUUUAAGGAUGCUGUGGGAGAAGUAGUAUAAGGCAAUAAUUUUCGUAUACUGGUAUAUAUUAGUGAGCAGAAGACUGUAGGAGGAAAAACCAUGGCGAUUAUGUUUUAUUUUUUUUGUUUAAGAAAAAAUUAUGGGCCACCCAGCAUCCCGCCCAAGUUUAUUGCAUAACCAUCUUAUAUUCAAAGUUUGAUGUACAUCUUGAUCUCAAGAUCUAACAAUGCACCUUCUUUUUAUUCGGUUUCAAUAUAAAUGAAGCCGAUUUCAUAUUAUAGUUUCAAAUUUGCAGAAUGUAAUGAAUUACCCUGUGUUUUUGUUUUGUA